AUGUCGAUCCGGAUUAAUAUACCGAACACCAAGUGCAGGGCUGGCGCAACAAUUUCAGGCACCGUCUCCCUGCAUGGGGAUGUAGACAUUGAUGUUGAGAUCAUCACGAUAAGCCUUGUCGGCAGAUGCAAAACCAAGGUGGUACGGAGCAAUGGCCAGAACAGUAGUUCGACUUACAGAGGAAGAGCCCCUCUACUGGAGUACAGACAGGUUCUCUUCAAGGGUCCCAACACCAUGAAAACCAAUGGGCACAGUUGGCCAUUCAGCUUCACAUUCCCACCCCGCUGUGUGGCCCGCGGCGCCGAUCCGUUCAAGCAGCGCCAUGGCCUUUUCGACAUCAAUCCUCAACAAAGUUUACCUCCCUCCUUCGCCAAUGACAAGCACACCUUCAGUUGGCGAGGCGAGUGUUUUGUCAAAUACGAACUCGAAGCGUCCCUCAUCGGCAAUAGAACGAAGAUCUUUUCCCUGGGAGACCUAAAAACCGAAAAGACACUCGAUUUUAUCACGACCAGAGACAUCGAAACCUUCAAACCGGAUUUCAUCGAAAAGGGUCAAACAAUAGCCUGCUACAGUCUUCGACUCCAGCCCGGUCACGAAAAUGGACCUCUCACCUUCAAGGAAAAGCUUCAGUCCAUCCGCACGUCCAAGCUUCCCGUCGCGGUGUUUAAAUUGCAUAUGCUCCUCCCCAAAGUUGGAAUUCUGGCCCACUCACUCCCUCUAAUACUCAGAUUGGAGCACGACAUUGAAGCAUCCACAACACAAUCACUCCCGAUAGUGACGCUACGGAAAUGCAUGGUAGAGCUGCAAGCCAACACCUACAUCCAAUGCAUCCGCGACGAAAUGUUCCGCGAAGGCGAUGAGCAAAGGGACUGGAGUGACGAGUUCCACAUCGCGUCGAUCGACUACUCUGCAGAUAUGGCCAAGGCACCACCGGUAACCGAGUCCAUGGACCUGCAGAAAUUAAUGCGGAUCAAGGUCCCCUGGCACCAGAAACCUACAUUCAGCACGUUCAACAUCAGACGCACAUACAGACUAGCCGUCAAGCUCUCUGUCGAUUGUGCGCAGAAGACAUUCAAGGCCGAGUUCGCGUCCUACAAAUUCGACCUUUUGGCAGCGGACUACGCAUCCCCGAUGGCUACGCAGGAGCUGGACAUGGCGGCUCCGGCGUAUGGUGAUUUGAGUGGUCAGUUGCCGACGUAUCAGGAUGCCAAGUUGGCUUCCGGGGCGAUCCCUUGA